AAAGCCUUGUUUCUCAGAUCCUACCGAGACCAAGGAUUCAAGCAAGACCUGUGGGAAGCAAUUUUUAACAUUGACAAAAUUUACCCAAAACGGUUGCGCUACUUGCAGGUGGAACCAGGUACAACAAAGCAUACACAGUUCGCCAACGCCAUAGAGGCAGAUGGUGUUAUGACGAGCGUAAAGUUCGUUAAACGGUGGGACCGGGAUGAUUUUUCCCCCUCAAUCAUUAGCGCCGUACCCCUCCUCCAAGAAAGAGUUUGAUUUUCUUCCUAAACGGCCCAACAUUACCAAUUGGACCAGAGGUCUCUAUCAUUUAAAAAAAAAAGAACCGACUGGCUUGAACCCUGCCGCGCGUGUCAUCGGUAGAAAACAAGCAAACAUACAGCCAUGCUAUGACGAAAUCAAGGAAGCGCCACCCUCUGUCUUCACGAUGAACGCGUUUAAGAAGUAUAUCGAGGCUAUCGCUCGUAAUCAUCAGAAGUUGCAUACAUUCAAUUGCACAUUCUGCCACAUGGAAAAACGUGCGCUGGUUUACUCGCAAAGGCAAAUGGUGCUAGAUAAAAUGGCCGACACCUUGCUCGGGGAUCCUGCCGAGCCAAAAACUUGUAAGAAAAACGCUCAAAGAAAUGAGCGGAGGCCAGAGGGUGCAACCGUAGUCGCAUAUGGGGAUGUAGACCUGAAGCCCAUGAAACCACAUGCCUCAGUUCCAAUCAAGGUUCUUGCCCGAAAGUCGAUGAGUUUCGUACGAGCAAG